GCUGCCCCAUGGGCGGUUGGCCAAUUCCAUAGUCUUCGGGCCCACCGGCUGGCUGCCAGGGCUCUUCGGGUCGAAAAUACUUAUAUCCUGCCCUGCCCGUGGUUGUCUUCCACCCCCGUACUGUACUCCUGUCUUUUCUUCAUACUCAGACCGACCUGACAAGUGACAAGUUUCUUCUAUCUUACACUUGCCACUGGCUCAUCACCCGUCAUCAUGGCUACCAAGAAGCCCAACAUCCUCUACAUCAUGGCGGACCAGAUGGCCGCCCCCCUGCUAGCCUUCCACGACAAGGACUCGCCCAUCAAGACCCCCCACCUGAACCAGCUGGCGGAGGAAGGGGUGGUGUUCGACUCGGCCUACUGCAACGCCCCUCUGUGCGCCCCGUCGCGCUUCGUCAUGGUGACCGGCCAGUUGCCGUCGAAAAUCGGGGCGUACGACAACGCCUCGGAUCUGCCCGCCGACACGCCGACGUACGCCCAUUACCUGCGCCGCGAGGGUUACCACACCGCUCUGGCCGGCAAGAUGCACUUCUGCGGCCCCGACCAGCUGCACGGCUACGAGCAGCGUCUGACCAGCGACAUCUAUCCCGGCGACUACGGCUGGUCCGUCAACUGGGAUGAGCCGGAUAUCCGUCCCGACUGGUACCACAACAUGUCGUCCGUGAUGGAGGCCGGCCCCGUCGUGCGCACGAAUCAGCUGGACUUCGACGAGGAGGUGAUCUACAAGUCGACCCAGUACCUCUACGACCAUGUGCGCCACCGUGGCGACCAGCCCUUCUGCCUGACCGUCUCCAUGACCCACCCGCACGACCCGUACGCUAUGACCAAGGAAUACUGGGACCUGUAUGAGGAUGUGGAGAUCCCGCUCCCCAAGCACGGCGCCAUCCCCCACGACCAGCAGGACCCGCACUCGCAGCGCGUGCUGAAGUGCAUCGACCUGUACGGCAAGGAGAUGCCCGAGGACCGCAUCAAGGCCGCCCGCCGCGCCUACUACGCCGCCUGCACCUACGUCGACACCAACGUGGGCAAGCUGCUGCGCGUGCUGGAGAACUGCGGCCUGCGCGACGACACCAUCGUCGUCUUCACCGGCGACCAUGGCGACAUGCUGGGCGAGCGCGGCCUCUGGUACAAGAUGGUGUGGUACGAGAACUCGGCGCGCGUGCCGUUCAUCGUGCACGCCCCCAAGCGCUUCGCCGCUAAGCGCGUGUCCGAGAACGUGUCAACGAUGGAUCUGCUCCCAACCUUCGCCGACAUGGUGGGUGCGCCGCUGAUCCGCGAACUGCCGCUGGACGGCGUGUCGCUGCUGCCGUACCUGACGGGCGAAGACGGCGUUAAGACGGACACCGUGCUGGGCGAGUACAUGGCGGAGGGCACGCAGUCGCCGACCGUGAUGAUCCGCCGCGGCCGCUGGAAGUUCGUGUACUCGCUGAUCGACCCGCCCAUGCUGUACGAUCUGGUAACCGACCCGGAGGAGCGCGUCAACCUGGUUGCGGGUCUGGCGGAACCCUCACUCAAGCUGGAAGCCAGCAAGGCGGCGCCGCAACUGAACCCGGCUCCUCUGCCAACCCCGAGCGAUUCCCCUCGCGUGUCUCCGAUGCAGCGCACCGCGUUCCCCUUCCCGACGCCCCCUCGCACCCCCAGCCCGGGCAAGGCCGUGUACACGCUCCCGGCCACCAGCGAGCCAGCCAAGCUGCUCGCGCACUUCACGGAGGAGGUGCACGCGCGCUGGAAUCUUGAGCAGAUCCGCGAGGACGUGCUGCGGUCGCAGCGGCGUCGACGUCUGGUAUACUCGGCGCUGAUCCAGGGCACGCCGUCGUUCUGGGACUACGAGCCGCGCGUGGACCCCAGCGCGCAGUACGUGCGCAACCAGGGCAAGGGCGCGCUGGACGACGUGGAAUUGAUCUCGCGCUGGCCGCGGGUGUUGCAGCAGGCUGCCAACGCCACGGGGAUGAAGGUUUGAUUGAUGCAUCCUGCGAUCGAUGACUGCAUUCUGGUACUGGUACUGCGACAAAUUGAUACACUGCCUGCUCUUUGGUACAUAAAAUGUGGGAUCUAGCGAGGCGCUUGGUUUUCUUUCUUUUUUCUUCAACUUGUCUUCUACACUGCGUGUGCUUUUGCUGCUCCUGUUGCUGCUAUCUAGCGCGCGAUCUUGACUGUACAUGUGUAUAAUACUUGCGAUCGUCUAUUAUUAUUAUUAUUACCUAUUACCUUGACUAUCUUAUCA